AUGUCUAACACUCUAUUUGAUGAUAUAUUCCAAGUCUCGGAAGUUGAUCCUGGUCGUUAUAACAAAGUCUGCCGUAUCGAAGCCGCAUCUACCACUCAGGACCAAUGCAAAUUAACCUUGGAUAUAAACGUUGAAUUGUUUCCCGUCGUCGCACAAGAUUCCUUAACUGUUACUAUUGCAUCCUCUUUAAAUCUGGAAGACGCCCCAGCCAACGACUCUUCCGCUACAAGGAGUUGGAGACCUCCACAGGCUGGUGACAGAUCCCUCGCCGAUGAUUAUGAUUAUGUCAUGUAUGGUACCGCUUACAAGUUUGAGGAAGUGAGCAAAGAUCUAAUUGCCGUUUACUACUCGUUCGGCGGUCUCUUAAUGAGACUGGAAGGUAACUAUAGAAAUUUGAAUAACUUAAAGCAAGAGAAUGCUUACCUUUUGAUUCGUCGUUAG